AUGAACAGCACAGUUGUCCCGGGGACUUCCGACGACGAAGAAAUUAUUUCUUCACCACUCAGCACGUCUGGGCCAUCUAGCUUCUUAUUCGUGAACGAGACGAGUGAUGCACCGUCUUACAAGCCGGGAAAGCGCCACGAUGUUCGUUCUCAUAUUCGGAGAUACAACUCGAAGCAAUUCAAGGAAACUCACAAAACUGCUGGAAAACGAGCCACAUCACGGCCGAAAUAUGCUCCCCUCACGACUCGAAGUCUAGAAUCUGAUACCUCCUGUUAUUUAGAACACAAUAGGGACUGUCCAUCUCCCAAAACAAGACUGAGGUUCUCAACUCGGGAUUCGGGCUCCCUAUCUGAAGCUUCAACACUGAUUAAGCUCAACGAAUCGCCCUGUAACAGCAUCCCGCCUUCUACUGUUACCGAAACUCUAGAGCCAAGUGAACUUCAAGGAGGCCUUACAACAUAUUGCAAGGCUUGUGGACAGCCCCUCAGCAGACCAAAGCUCAAGCAGAGAUACUUGUCGAAAGAUGGAAGCCUGAUCCCAGGGACGUCCAUGUGGAAAAUACUGUUGAAGCCUAGUCCUGUCGAAGCUCUUGGCGCUGGUAGAGUUGAUCCCUUCUCGAGCUUCCCCAUGGAUGAGCCGAGCCGUUCCUCACUAGAAUUGAUAGACCACGGUGCGUGCGAUCUUCCCCUUAAGCGAACCUCAUACCUCGAUCUCCUCAGACUGAAGACUCAUACACUUCCAGUUGUCACUUGCUUCCUCCCCGGACUUAUGCCUGAUGAGGUCGCACCCGGCGAAGUCGACCGUCUCUCAAAAGCCUGGUUUGCAUCCGGCCUCCAAACACCUCUACUAUUUCACGCCUUAAUCUACGUAGGCUCCAACCACCUCGACUUCAUGCGCUGGUCCAACAUCUUCCCCAACGCACCCGAACCCCUUUCCCACAAACUCAUCGUCAUCCAAAAGCUAAGCCAGGCGCUAUCUGAUCCCCGCCAGGCCUCGCGCGACGAAAUUAUCCUCGCGAUCCUGAUCCUCGCUUCAGAAGUUUCCAUUAGCAAGAAGGGGAACAGUAGUCCUUUCAACUCCCCGCUCAGAAGCCUCAGGUGGUUGAACAUGUAUGGGAGUUACAAACCCGUUCCACAGCACGCGAAGGCAGUCGCGGACAUCAUCAGAAUGAGAGGCGGGCUCGAAAACCUCGAACUCUAUGGCUUGGCGGAGAUUAUUGUCUCAGGAGACAUCAUUUCAUCAACCAAUUCUCUCGCAAAGCCUCGCUUCCCUCCACUCAGAAUCCACACAGCCUCCAUCCCUAGCCUCAAAGCCUGGGCAAUAUCUCCGCCUCGUCCGGCUAUUCAAACGCAAGCUUCCGCUUUUCAGAGCUUGAAAGAGUACGGGAUAACAGAGUCCAUGCUUCAAGUCUUAGACUCGAUCAGCGCUUUUACCCUUGCGGUUGACUAUUACCUCCAAGGCAAGCCGUUUGGCCUCAAACUUGGCGCAAUAGCUAGAGUGCGGACUGCAAUUCAGCAAAGGCUAUUAUUACUCCAAACCGCGGAAGAACUCAGCAUACCCUCGUCCUCGUCGAAACCAAAACCAAAUAUUUAUGAGUGCUGCCGUUUAACGGCUCUAAUCUACGGUGUGGGUGUCGUCCUUCCAGUCCCCAAUUCUCACAGUGUGCUGCAAGAAUUAGUUCGCCGUCUUAUGAUAGCGAUUGGAAUUUUGGACAUCAGAACUUUCGGGGCUGAAUUGGGGGGUGUGCUGUUAUGGAUGCUGGUAUUAGGAGGGAUAGCCGCGUUAGAUACCCCGGAGAGACACUGGUUUGCUUCGCAACUCGCUUGGAUUGUGAGGAGGCUGGUUAUAGACGAUUGGGAAGGUGUCGAAGAUAUCUUGGGAUCGUUCUUGUGGCUUGACAGUGUGUGUGGUCAAGGCGGACGAUUGCUGUGGAGUGAAUCAAUGGCUGCUUCUUACAGUGUACCGUUGAGUUGA